GAACUGCCACUUGAAGUACUAACGAACAACAAAAGCUUUCUCAACUAGCGUUGUAAUUUGCCCUACCAAAAAGGGGGCAAAUUGCUUCCAUCUGGUGUGUGCUGAUGCAGAUGGACGUCGGGGGCCAUCGCUGACGCCCGGAAACGCCACAUUCCUUCUCUUCUUCAUACUCUAGCUUCUCAUCACCCGUCACGCUGGCAAUGUCAAGAGUCCCGAGUCCCCCUCCCCCUGCGGAAAUGUCCAGCGGGCCUGUGGCUGAAAGCUGGUGCUACACACAGAUUAAAGUGGUGAAGUUCUCUUACAUGUGGACCAUUAACAACUUCAGCUUUUGUCGUGAGGAGAUGGGUGAGGUCAUCAAGAGCUCCACGUUCUCCUCCGGAGCCAACGACAAACUGAAAUGGUGUUUGCGUGUGAAUCCCAAGGGUCUAGAUGAGGAGAGCAAAGAUUACCUGUCCCUCUACCUGCUGCUGGUCAGCUGUCCAAAGUCAGAAGUGCGCGCAAAAUUUAAGUUCUCCAUCCUCAACGCCAAAGGAGAGGAGACCAAAGCCAUGGAAAGCCAGCGGGCCUAUCGCUUUGUUCAGGGGAAGGACUGGGGCUUUAAAAAAUUCAUCCGGAGAGAUUUCCUCCUCGAUGAAGCCAACGGUCUGUUACCAGAUGACAAGCUGACGCUCUUCUGUGAGGUUAGUGUGGUGCAGGACUCGGUCAACAUAUCUGGUCAGAACACGAUGAACAUGGUGAAGGUGCCGGACUGUCGGCUAGCAGACGAGCUGGGGGGCCUCUGGGAGAACUCCCGCUUCACAGACUGCUCCCUGUGUGUGGCCGGCCAGGAGUUUCAGGCCCACAAAGCCAUCCUAGCAGCACGUUCGCCGGUCUUCAGCGCCAUGUUUGAGCACGAGAUGGAGGAAAGCAAAAAGAACCGCGUGGAGAUCAACGACGUCGAGCCGGAAGUAUUCAAGGAGAUGAUGUGCUUCAUUUACACAGACAAGGCGCCAAACCUGGACAAGAUGGCCGACGACCUGCUGGCAGCGGCUGAUAAGUACGCCUUGGAGAGACUUAAAGUCAUGUGUGAGGACGCGCUCUGCACCAGUCUGUCCGUGGAGAACGCCGCCGACAUCCUCAUCCUCGCCGAUCUGCAUAGCGCCGACCAGCUGAAAACCCAGGCAGUCGACUUCAUCAACUAUCACGCUGCAGAAGUGAUGGAAACAACAGGCUGGAAGUCCAUGGUCGCCUCCCAUCCGCAUCUGGUGGCAGAAGCUUACCGCUCCCUUGCUUCUGCCCAGUGUCCUUUCCUCGGACCCCCCCGCAAACGCCUCAAACAGUCUUAACAGCCCCCCCCCCACCACCACCACCACCAGUAGAGCCGUCUACAGUCAUGCUCGCACACAUGAACACACAGAAAAAACACCCAGGUUCUAAACCCACAGGGACAAGCUUUUCCUGCGCUGAUGCCCACAACACCACCUGGACCCCCCCCCCCUUUCUGCUCCAUCCAGAACCCUCACCGUAUGUAAUUUCUCUAAAGGCGGAGGUGGAAGGGACGGACUUCUGAAGUGGAUGUUUCUCCUUCAAGAAAAAAGAAAACGAUGCAACCACCAAGCAUCUCCCCUUUUCCCCUCGACUCUGGCUUAGUGGGGUCAAACACUUGGACGUCCUGCUCCUUCCUCUGUGGAGUCCGUCUUGGCGAAGGAACUUGAAACUCGAAAAGCCCAGUAAAAGCGAACUGAGGAAGUUUUCACAACAAAAAAAACAAAAAAAUCCCCCUUUGUUUUAGUUUGAAGCCUAAAUCUCUUAGUGACUCAAGAAGUGGAGUAAGUGGACCUGCCGUUACAAACUAGAACACCCCCCCCCCCCCCCCCCCCCCCCAAGAAAGACAACCAAGGGCUAUCCUAAAGGCAGAGAUAGGACAACAACAACAAAAACAUCAACAACUUUCUCAGACAAAGUCGGGGAAACAUUGCACUAAGGUCACAGGUCACCCCUUGCCAACCUUUACCAGCAGUAAUGCAAAACUACUGUAGGCAAGCACACCAUGAACUUCAGACCCAGCUGGACCACCUCCAACAGAAACCCUUUAAGAUGAGUUAUCAGACGGUGACAAACAAACACGUACUCCUGCUUACAACUGUCCGACGGUGUCUCUUUUUAAUUUUGAAACCGCUAGAAAAAGUGGCAUAAAGAGGAUACAAAGAACCGCAGAACUGGAUGUCAUUCUUGGGGAAAUCCGAUUUCAUGUGUGGAUCUGUUCAGAACAUUUCAAAGGGGGGUGAACCAUCAGAACAACCCCCCCCCACCCCCGAGACAAAAAAAAGGGAGGAAAGCGUUAUUUAAAAAAAAAAACGGUUACAAAAACCUUCAAGCUGGGUUCAUUAUGUCGAUGUGACAGAUUUCAUAUUGUUCUACCAUAGGAGUUUGUACAGACACAGUGGCUUUCUAGGCUGUCGAACAGAUGGAGGCUUUUCUUUGCAGGCUUGAAGACUGAAGGAAAAUGAAAUUUAAAUGAACACGUUUUAAUGUUCAGUACAAACAAUAUGUUGGGGGGGUUAAACUUUAAAUGCAAACCACACAAAAUCAAUUGGAGGUUAAUGUUUUAACCUGGUGGGAAAUGGUAAUCGAUAGAAGGAACCAUUGUUGUUUAUUUCCUGUAGAUAUUUUUGAUUUCGAGAAGUGACACUUAGUUGUUGCCAUUUUUUGUUCCUGAAAAAAAUAAAACACAACUAUUUUGUAUUGAA